AUGCCGACUCACACCGCCACCAUGAUCCCAUAUGUUAUCUACUCAUCUGGCCUUCGAGAGGAUUUGAAGGAAGUGGCUGAUAUAGAUAGUACGACGGGGAAGAUUGAAGGGCUGAAUGACUUGUAUAGGCGAUAUGGCUUCGGCAAAUUUGAUAGCGGCGCUAUGGAAAAAAAUAGCCUCUAUUCGCUCCAAGAGGCAUAA